AUGGGCAAAAGGGUCCUGACAAGACUGUACCCAGGCUCCCAUAGUGUUCUGGACCCCAGUCACCCGCCCCGCCCCAAUGUCUUCGCUGGAGGGUGGGCCUCUAGUAAGCCCCGGCCGGACAGGCCUGACUUGAUCUACGUGACCCGCUUCGCCUCGCAUCGGUGUGGCGUGUGGCAGUUGAGGGGGCCCCGAGGUCUCCGCCACCAAGUCCCAAGGCUCGAGGCCUGCUUGGCCAAGGAGCAAGCGGCAAUGGAGAGGGGGGCCCCCGGAGAAGAGCUGCCCACCGGCUCCCACGCCGGGGUCGCCGCCACCCGGGACUACUCCACCUCUUUCCAACUGCGGAGGUCGAGAGCGCCAAGGGGCCCGGAGCAAGCGGCGCGAGCAGGUUUAAACCAAAAAAAUGCAGCUAAAGAGUUUGAUUUCCCCAUACCACUGAAUGAGGCCUCCAAAAUAAUGAAGGAAAGGAAAAAGGUCUUAGUGUGGAAAAACGUACAAAAAGUCAUUUCCAAAAUGAUUGCAGAAAAUGAAAAAUUCAGACGCAGACUGAAGUGCCAAAAUUUAUCCAGUGAAGGGUUGUGGCCAUGCAUGAGAAACAGCAGGUGGUGCCAGAUGACAGGUGGUGUGGGAGCCGUCCCCGGUGGGAGGCGCGAGCAGGCGAGCAGGCUGGCAGCUGCCGAGAUCUUCUCUGAGCGCUGGCGCCUCGCUCUCAGAAGCUCCGGAUCCAGGCACGAAAUCGAGUGGGAGAUUGAUGGCCAGCACCAGAUUGGACGCUGCUGGAAGGGAGCUGUAGUGGACUGUCGUCAGCCCCUCAUGUUCCUGCUGUAA